UCUCCCCUCCAUCCUCGCCUCUCUCCCUCUCUCCUCGCCCGCUGGGUGCUGAAGUUGGGCGGAUGGCAGCAAACCCGCUCCGCUAGAGGACCGAGCAGCCCAGCCUUGCGCCCCCGGACCCAUCGGUGCGCUGCCCACACCUCCAGGCGACGGGCCCGUUGGGUACUGAAGCAGCUGAAAUGCGAAAAAGACAGCAGUCACAAAAUGAAGGAACACCUGCUGUGUCUCAAGCGCCUGGAAACCAGAGGCCCAACAACACAUGUUGCUUUUGCUGGUGCUGUUGCUGCAGCUGCUCCUGCCUCACUGUUAGGAAUGAAGAAAGAGGAGAAAAUGCAGGAAGACCCACACAUACCACCAAAAUGGAGAGCAUCCAGGUCCUAGAGGAAAGCCAAAACCCCACUUCAGAUGAAGUGUUGUCCUGGUCUCAAAAUUUUGACAAGAUGAUGAAGGCCCCAGCAGGAAGAAACCUUUUCAGAGAGUUUCUCCGAACAGAAUACAGCGAAGAGAACCUACUUUUCUGGCUUGCGUGUGAAGACUUAAAGAAAGAGCAGAACAAAAAAGUAAUUGAAGAAAAGGCCAGAAUGAUAUAUGAAGAUUACAUUUCUAUACUAUCACCAAAAGAGGUCAGUCUCGAUUCUCGAGUUAGAGAGGUGAUCAAUAGAAAUCUGUUGGAUCCUAAUCCUCACAUGUAUGAAGAUGCCCAACUUCAGAUAUAUACCUUAAUGCACAGAGAUUCUUUUCCAAGGUUUUUGAACUCUCAAAUUUAUAAGUCAUUUGUUGAAAGUACUGCCAGUUCUACUUCUGAAUCUUAAUUUUCAUUAAAAAAAAAAAAUCAUUUUGGAGGGCUGGGAUGGGAAAUAAAAGUAGUUCACUAACACCAGAAGCUGAGUUCCUGGAGAACUACAGUUUAGCAUUCCUCAGGCUACUGUGAAAAUACAACCAUAUGGUCUUUGUCUCCAUUUUUAUCAAGGUUAUCCAUGGUUAAGUUUGGAGAAAAUACCACAUAAGACAAUGAAUUGCCAAAUUGUUUGUUUUAUUCAACACUCAUUCUACUUGCAAGCAAACUGUAUUUGUAGUCCUGUGAACAGUCUCCUAGUGUAUCCCCCGAGGCUGCAUGUACAACGUAGAACUGCUUCAUUUGCCCCGUAGCUGUUGUAAUAUUUACUCCAAUGGCAUAACUUAUAUCCGUGUUUAAGGACUUUUGUGCAAUAUGGUCUUAUAGAAAUAAUUGCCAAAAAUUGGCUGUGGUUUGCAUUUUUAAAUAUAAUCUAAGACAGAAAAAGCCAAUUUUUUAGUUGUAACAAUGGUAUUAAACAUGCUCUAUACUGUGUUCAGUACACUCAUUUUGAAGCCGAUAUUUCUGUACUUGGAAAAAGAGCUAUUUAUCUAUGUUUGUUGGGAAAUCCUGAUGGGGGAUUCCUCUGGUUGUUCACUGCCAAAACUGUGGCAUUUUCUUUACAGAAUAGUUUGCUAUGUAAAAAACAAAAACAAAAACAAAACAAAACAAAAAUUUAAAAAAACCCAACAAACAACAAAUAAUAAGAAGAAAAGAGAAAAAAAGCACAAAACAAUUUGAAGAUAUUCUAUCUCAAUGACAAAUCAGAGUGAUAAUUGUUUUUAAUUGUAAUAGAACACAAUUAAUCUAUGUAUAUAUCAGAUGUCCAAUACUGUAAUUAAUUUAUUAAAGACUGGCUCUCCAGUUCUAAAAUGGUUGUGUAAAGUAUGUACUUCAGCAAGAAAAAAAAUACUAAGCUCGAUAACUUAGUUUUGGAAUAUAAAAAAAAGAUUUAAUAAAGGAAUGCCUACAUGUAGCAUCAUAAAAUAUUUUGAUGAGUAGCAUCUGUCCUCUGGCAUAUUUUCCUUGAAAGCAAAGUCUAAUGAAAAGCUAAGUUUUUAACUGAGAGAAGUUUUGUAAGGGUUACGCAGAAGAUAAUUCUCUACUUCAGACCUUAACUGUUUUCAUAGUAUCUUCAGAAUGACUUAUUUUAAAAAUGUUAAAACCAAACUAUUAAUACUCAUCCAUAAUUGAAAGGCAGGACAGUGCUCAAAUCUUCUAGCUGCCAUAUUAUUUUUUAUAAGUACCACUAAAUCUUUAAGACAAAAUACUUGCCUGACAUUGGCAUAUACUUUUGACAUUCAAGAAAACAGUAUCCUAUCAUGCACACACACAAAAAGUCAGUGUCAUAUUUAUAUCAAGGUGUUACAUUUGAAUAUGAAUAUCCCCUGGAGGCUAUUUUUUUAAUCUUAAACUUAAUAAAUAUAAUAUUGAGUAACCUAACAUGAAAGUUUUAAAAAUAUUUAUAUCCACUGAGAAUACUGGGCCUUAUAUUAAGGAUGAUAUUAAAAUUAUAGGUUUUCUUUGCCAUUUUUUAACUACCUCUCAUUUUUUAAUUUAUUAAACAUUUUUAAAAUAAACAACUUUGGGGUUUUCUUUUUAAAUUUUAUUUUACUUGAAAAGCUGGCAUCGUAAGUUUCUUUUUCCAUAAACUUAAAACAUUUCAAGAAUUGUUUUUUUAAGUGAAUUUGAUUUUCUAAUUUAUAUAGAAUUCAGGAGAUAUGGUUAAAAGGGCUAUUAUCUAUUCCCUAUGCAAAUAUUUUAACUGUUGCAGUGUUUGACAAAAUGGGAUUAAAAAAAAAGUUUGCAGAGUAGAAAACAAAAUGUUCUGUUUACACUGGCGUUGCUGACUAUCCUAUCAUAUUCAGCACUUUUAAAUACACUAUUUAUGAAAAUGUAGUUAAAAUACAAGAUAGGAAGUAUUUAUAAUAAUCAUUUCUUUUAACAAAUGCCUGUUUUUGUCUGAAAGUGUUAGUGUGUUAAGACAUACUUUAUCAAUGUCAGUAGAUAUUUACUAUUUGAAUAGUUUUCAGUAAUAUGUUAAAGAAGAUAGCUAUGAAGAUGUUUACAAAAAGUCCUAUUUUUUCCAAAAGAGUGAAGAAAAACCUAAAAGAAUCAUCACUUCUAUUGUGAAGUUCUAUUGUUCCUAAAUUAUUUAAUUUUUUCUUGAUUAGAAUUGAGUUUAUUAUGCUUCUAUGAUGUAUACACAUAUAUGUUGUAAUAUCAUACUUGUUGCUAUGUUUGAGGCACAAUAAAUUGGUGCACAUGACUAGAAAAUAUGUAAUAUACUAUGAUACACAGCAUGCGUCAAUCUUUUUAAAUGUAGACUUUAUAUUCUUGUUGUUACUAUAUAUGAUGGUGACCUGCUAGUCAUAAGUUAUCUUUAUAAGAUACUUUGGACUAUUAGAUGAAUUGUCUGUUUGACAAUACCUUUAAUAUUUUACCAAAUGUAAAAGAUAAGGACCCUUCUAAAGAGUCCUAAUCUCUAACCUGGGCAUUUGUAGAAUACAGACUUUGAAGUUAGUGUAUCCUUUUGAAACCUGAUUAGGAAGUUGCAUUGAGAAUGAUUCUAGACGAGAUUUACACAUUGGAUAUUGGUAACCAUGUUAUGUGAGCAUUUCUGCGCUAAAUUCCUAUGGGGGGGGAGGGUUUCUCAUUUAAUUUCAAAUCGUUCAAAGUUUCUAUCUAAGAGUAUGUAUAUUUGCAACUCUACCAAUUUUUAAAAUAUGGUAUAACUCCUUCUGUUUUAAAUACAGAGCUAUAAUAAACAAAAAUCCCCCAACUGGUGUCUAUGCUACCAUUCCAAGAGCACAAUAUUUGUUAUGGUAGAAUUUGAUUUUUCCUAGUGAAUAUAUUCCUCCCAGGGGAAAAAUUAGCACUUUAGAAGGUACACUUUGUGUUUCAGAUCGUCAGGACAUCUUUGUGUACUGUUAAAAUCUGCUAAUGCACACAGAAAGAGCUUAAUGCUCUUUCUAUAGUGCCUAAAUUCAGAUGUGUCUACAAUGGAAAGAAAAGUAGAGGAUAUAGAUCAUAUAUAAAUACAUGUAACUAAAUUGGAGAGCCAGACUUCUUCAGAGAUGGAUCUUGUAACAUAGAUCACACUAAUAAUGGCCAGAUGACGCUUCUUCUUUACUCUGGAUAAUUGUUAUUAUGUUACCCAAAGGUAAUAAAGAUGCCCCGACAGAGUUAGAGGGCAGCUCUAAGCACAAUGGGUGCGCUGGCAUAUGAACAAUAGCAAAACACAAUUUUGAUAUCAACGUUAUGGAGCGCAAAAAUCAAGACCAUAAUAUGGUCUUCUUUUUUUUUUUAAUCUUAAAAUAUGUACAUAGGAUGACCAGUUCUGAUAUUUGGUCAUGGUGCAUGGGUGUUUAUUAGUAUCCUUUAAUGCUGCCUAGGUUCUUACUUACAGAAUGAAAUGUAUAUCAUAUAUUCACCUGAUAGUUCAGUUUUGCAAAAGGACUAUAGAAAUAGGUAAAUAAUAUUUAUAUAUUAGGGGCAAAAAUACAUUUUCACCCCAUUAAGCUGAUUUAAAAUAAAACCCAAUUCUUAAUUUUGAACUUACCCCUUUGUUUCUAUACACUUUUAACAUAUUGAAAAAAAUGUCAUAUCAUAACUAUGACAUUAUAUUUGCAAAAAAUACAACAUAUCAGAUGCUUUGAGGAAUAAAUAUACAAGAAAGAAAUUUUAAAUACAAUCAGAAAUAGGAAAAUAAGAACUCUUUCAAAAGCCACCUACAGUUUCUUAGAUCUUAAAAUGCCUAUAUAGAACCCUAUCAAACAUUAAUUUUAAAAACUUUGCACUGGAUACAUUGGCAAAUUAUUUUGAAAGGUAGUAAAGAUAUUUUCUUGUCUGUGUAUUUAUAUUGACAGCUUAUGACCGUAACUUUCAAAAUAAUAUUAAGCAUUUAUAUUUGCAUGCUCUUUUCAAUUCUUUUUAAAUUUCUGACCAAUAUAAAAUGCUUAUUCUUCUGAGAAAACAGUAUUUAAUCUGUAGAAAUUUUAGUUAUUCCUCACUUGCUACAACUGCAAAUAUUUAUCAAUAAAACUGAUAACCAAAAACUUGACUUCUCAUCUCCCUGUAACAUUCUUAAUAGUAUCCUUGCAACACACGAUUGUGCACAGAUUGAUCUUUUUGUUCCCAAAUGACAGACUUUAAUUUUAAAUUUGAUUUCAAGUGACAUGUCUGUGUCAUAUGACUUUGGGCAAAUAUUCUAUUGAACCUCUCUGAGCCUGUUCCCUCAUCUUCAAAUGAGAAACAGAAUACUUUAUUUACAGGGUAGGCAUGAGAAUUAAAUAAUGUAAACAUGGAAAGAAUGAAGUGUUACAUAUAACAUUAUUAUUUUAUCAGUGUUCUCCAGCUCAAUAAUUAUUACUAUUUCAAGAAUGUUAUGAAUUAGAUGCCACUGUAAUGCACUUUUCCCAUAUUCUUUUGAAACCAUACUUUAAAAUCUGAUUUAAUUAUUCAUCCAAAAAACAAAAAACCAACCUGGGCACCUGGGUGGCUCAGUCAGUUAAGCGUCCGACUUUGGCUCAAGUCAUGAAUCUUGUGGUUCAUGAAUUUAAGCCCCGCUUCGGGCUGUGUGCUGACAGCUGAGAGCCUGGAGCCUGCUUCAGAUUCUGUGUCUCCUCUCUCUGCCCCUCCCCUGCUCGCACUAUCUCUCUCUCUCUCUCUCAAAAAUAAGUAGACAUUAAAAAAAAAAAUCACAAAGAAAGAAAAAAAUGCAACCAAGCUGAUUUUAAGAUGGAAGAUUAUAUGAAUUUGUUCCUGCUUUGUUCAAUAAUAUGAUUCACACUCAGUUUUCAGUUCAUGAACAUCACACUGAAUCUACAAUCAAGAAGUAGGUUUCUUUCAAUGAUACACAUACACAGAUAUAUGUAUAUAGAUGUGUGUAUGUGUAUAAAUUGUAUGCUUAAAAUAAAUGUUUAAAUAAGAUAAAUCAUUUGAAAAUUUUAUUUCCAAAGGGAAAAAACAGUAUUCCCAAGGACAGGAAGAAUAUAAACAUCAAAUAAUUCACCAAAUAAAUAUGUGGAAGUAAAGCUAAAAAAACUAAGUUAUGAGAGAUGGGCCAUUAGAAAACAUGGAUACUGUCAUUGGAAUAGAAAGCAUUCUAGUAUGAUUUUGUAACUAAUUUUACCAUGAAAAUAUGAAAAUUUAAAAAAUGGUUGUGUUCAUAAAAUUUUUCAUUAAACCUUUUAUUUUAGAAUAGUUUUAGAGUCACUGAAAAGUUGCAAAGAUAGCACAGAGAAGUUCUAUAUACUGCACAUCUAUUGAGACAUUUGUCACACCUCAUGAAAUAUUGAUGCAUUAAGUCACGCUUAUUCAGAUUUCCUUAGCUUUUACCUAAUAUCUUCUUUCGGUUCCAAGAUCUCAUUCAAUAUACCCAUUUACUUAUCAUGUCUCCUUAAAUUCCUCUAAGCUCAAACAUUUUUUGUUGUUGACCUUGACAGUAGUGAAGAGUACUGGUCUAGUACCUUGUAAAAUGUCCCUUAACUGGAAUUUGUUGAUGUUUUUCCCAUGAUUAGACAGGUGUUACCAGUUUUUGCAAGACCACAGAAGUAAAAUGCCAUAUUACUAUCACCAAGACUUAUCACUGUUCAUAUUGACCUUGAUCAUUCAGUUGAGGUAGUGUUUGUUAGGUUUCACUGCCACAGAGCAAUACAUUAUUUAAUAAGUUAUGUUAGAGGUAAUUUCACUGGACGUUAACGCUGAGCUUAAAAAAAAUUCUGAGCAGAUUUUGCAGCACUGCUAUUAGGUUCCAUUAAGUACUAUGAAGAAAUUAUAAUAAACUGGAAAGUGAAAUGGAAAAAUGAAACUCUGAAACUGUUAGCUUGAACAUUCACUUAAUGGAGGUGAAAGUGAUUUUUUUCCCUUGAACUACCUUCACCUUAUCCUCUACAUCUUUGGGUAGUAAAGAUUUUAGUUUAAUCUUCAGAAGAGGUAAUUUAAAUUAAUAAUCAUUUUGCUGAGUGUUUUUCUAUAUUGCUGUCAGUUGAAUAAUGAACACUGAUUAUUGAAACAUUGUAAAAGACUUGAUUUUUUUCCCCCUUUGCUUUAACCGAUUUGUCAUACAGUUUCUUGUAUACGGUUUUAGGAUGUUUGCUAAAUAUAAAAAAAAAUUUCAGUGUGCUUGGUUCUGUAAAAUGUAUCAUAUCGAAUGUGUGCAAUUUUUACUACCAUGUUCAUUGUACUUCACAUUUUGCACUUCACUAAUAUUAGUGGACCAUGAAGAAGUUUUGAACGCAUGAAUGCAGCUUGAGACACCAUACUUGGUUAUUUUGCAAUGUCAGAAUAAUUGUAGGUACUUAUAAAUUGAAUAGAUAAUCCAGAUUAUUUUCCUCCAAUUUAAGUUGUUUUGGGUUUUUAUUCCCCCUGUCUUUGAAUUUAUUUUAUCAUUUUACCUAUGUACAAAUAAUAGACUUCCUGAAAAUGCUAGAAUCUUCAACAUGUAAUAAUAGAAUUUGAGCAUGACAAUAAUGUAAGAAAAUUCAAAAGUUUCAACCUUUUCUUUUUGAGUUUUCUAAGUAAAUCAAACUACAGCUGUUUUCAUUUGACUAUUAUUGUGGAAACCUAUGGAUAUUAUUGUAAAAUACACAUGCAUCACACUUUUUAAAAAUGUUUUGAAUUAAUAAAGAAUUCACCAAUGUAUCCUUAGACAAGUUACUGUUUCCUCAUUGGUGUAACACUAUAGGAGUAAAAGGUACACUUAUUUAUAUUACCUAAAUUGCUUAUGCUUAUGAGGGAAUAUAAUAAUUUCGGGCUGGAUUCUUUACAGUGUUCCAUAAGGUUAUUGCUUAUUACAUUUUUUCACCUUUUAUAAAUAAUAAAGUAUAUUCUUGAAAUGA